AUUGAUUUGAAACUCAGACACUCCGCUUACUCACCACAUCUUAGUGUAAAGAAAGGCUUAGAAACGCAAGUCACAUCGACAACUUUGUUUUGAUUCGAAUCCAUCGGUGCUCUGGGCCUCCUCGACGACGCUCUCGAAAGGCUUGUCUAGCUCCUCCUCCUUCAUCGUCGUUUGCCCCGUUCUGCUCAUCACUUCGCCAUGCUACCGGCCAGGCGCAACAAGAUCGACAUCAAUGCUAUGUCGGAGGAGGAGAAGAAGCUCUUUCGACUGUACGGCAAACUUCCCACACACAAGAAUGUCUUGCACAAGAUGCAAGGGGACCGCAAAUAUUUUGAUUCAGGCGACUACGCACUCUCUAAAGCAGGCGUCGCACCACAGAACACAGUCGGCACUGCAAUUCCCAAUCCAGAUAACAUCCCACACGCAUCGUCGCCGCCGACAGCCCAUACCGGCGGAUUAAGCGUAUCCCCCACGAACAGCUCGUGUCCCGUAAAAGAGAGUUCGCUCUCCCAUUCCGAGGAAGAAGAGCCAGAGAAGGAAGAUGCAGAUGUAGGAGACAAGGAGGAUGCAUAGACGCUCUCUCUAUCUCCUCUUCUUCCGUGCCUCCAUGACCCGAUUUCGAAGAGCGAGAAGACGCUGCAUUUCGCUCGUGUAUUCCCUACGUAUCAUCGCUACCCCACCCCAUGCCUCCGGAUUCAAUGCUUGACUACCAGCCUGAUUAGUGGUAUGCUAUUGUUUUGAAUCUGUUUUGUAUCAGUAAUUACAUAGUAGGAUCCGCUCAUCGUACAUUCAUCUGUUCGUGUUCUGCAGGUGCUACUUUUAAUAAUUCGUACUUUUGAGUGACGUUGGUGUGAUGUGACUUAUGUGACAAGCUGUGUUAUGUUGUGACGCAUGUCGCGCUUGUGGC